AUGGAUUAUGGAAGGUUACGAGCAGCAGCCCUUAGCCAUGGGGAAGAUGAGGAAGCCGUCACGGUCGACACCAGAGCCUUGAUCGAUAAGGUCUUGGCCAGAUAUUCUGGAGAGUGGACAACUCUGCGAGAGCUCAUCCAGAAUGCGGCUGAUGCGCAGGCAACCACGGUCAAGGUCAAGUGGGAAACACUUCCUUCGACGCAAGUGCCCUUGCCAAGCACACUGGACCGCUCCCAGCUACUGAAGCAUGCCCUGCAACACCACACCCUACGCAGACUUGUGGUUUCGAAUAAUGGCCAGCCUUUCACUAAGACUGAUUGGGGCCGACUCAAAAGAAUCGCCGAGGGAAAUCCUGACGAGACCAAAAUCGGUGCCUUUGGCGUUGGUUUCUACAGUGUAUUUGCAGACUGCGAAGAGCCCUUCAUCAGUUCGGGCAACGAGGCCAUGGCAUUCUACUGGAAAGGGAACGCUCUCUUCACCAGGAAGCUGCAACUGUCCCAGGAGCAGAGUAACGGGGACACAGCAUUUGUCCUAGACUACAGAAACACCACGACGCCUAUGCCUAAUCUGCUUUCUGUCAGCCAGUUUCUAGCUACCAGUCUAACCUUUGUGGCACUUGAGAACAUCGAGUUUUGGAUCGACGACUACAGAAUCCUAUCAUUGCAGAAGAAGACGAGCCCAAGUGCCGAAGUGACUCUGUCUAGGGACGUGGAUACCCAGACCAAGGAUCGUCUCAUGAGGGUCCAAACAGUCAACCGUGCCAGUGCCCAAAUCGACGCAUCAUACAUGAGCGCAGUAGGAUGGAAGCCUCAGACAACAGUGGCAAAGACAAAUGAAAUCGGUUCUGACAUGCCAUCUUUAAGGAGUUUCUUCUCAAGAUUGACCGCACCCGCCAAGGCGAACAAGGUUAUAAAGGAGGAACAAGCGGUCCAGGAAGUCAUUUCUGAAGACAUCACUGCUCUAUCCAACUCCACUAUAUUUUUAAGGGUGACGACGGCAACUAUCAAAACGAACGUAACGGCAAGCUUUUCAGCCGAGCUAGAACGAGCCACCAAGAAGCCUCCACCAAAGAUGGCCAAGCUGGCGAUUCUGACAUCAUCGUAUGACGAGACAAAAGCGUCGGAGAAAUCGUCAACCUCGGGUGCUGUCUCCAAGGUAACCGAUGUCUUUGCUUCGGUACUGCCAAGUAAGAAGCCGGGUGGACGGAUUUUCAUCGGCUUCCCAACUACGCAGACAACCGGUGCUGGAAUGCAUAUUUCGGCCCCAUCUGUAAUACCAACUGUGGAGCGGGAGGCUAUCGAUCUGAACGCUCGGUGGGUCAGAAGCUGGAAUAUUGAAAUGCUGCGAGCUGCGGGCAUUAUGACCAGACUCGCCUUCGCCAACGAAAUGAACGAGCUUCAGCUGACGCUUCAACGCUCUGCAGAAAAUCCCGGCUCUAAAGUCAGGGCCAAGGACAUUGCCAAACAUAUGCCUGCAGCUUUGCACGUCCUCAAGUCCUUCACUUUUGGCGACUCAACACCAAGUGGACAAGUGUCCCAAAUCAUCGAGGAGGCGUUUUGGACAUGUUACAGGAAGCCUUACAUUGAGAUCUACAGCACGCAAGGUGUCCGGCCGACGACCCAGGUGCGCAUUGGCUCAGAAGAACUGAGCAAGUUCGUGGGUGGCAUUCCCGUAGUUCCCCCCGAGCUAAAGGACCUCGAAUUCGUCAAGAAGGUAACCGACUUUGAUUUGUUAGCUCACAUCACUGUGGACGAUGUUCGGCAGGAACUUUCUAAGUAUCCGAUGAACAAGGAUCAACUCAUUAGUUUCAUCCAGUGGGCAGGGAAAAAGGCGGCCCAGGGAGAACUUGACCCAGGCAGCAGAGAUCGACUGCUUGACGCUGCCAUCGCGACCUCGAGCGAGCACGACAGUGACCGAAGCAGCAUCCUCACCUUGGGCAUCAUAACGAAUUAUCUGGACCCCAAAAAGGUCCCGGCGGGUCUCCCGAUCCCCCCUACGACCAUACCGUUAGAGUUUACAAACAAGUCUUCAUUCAACGAGUUACAGGCACUCGGGUGGGAGCCACUGGAGGUGGCCCCUUGGCUCAGGUUCAUUAUUGAGACGGGAUCGAGACGGGGCGAUGAACAAGACCUGACCAAGUCGCCCAAAUUUGCUGUGCAGGUUCUCAUGGUGUUGUCCAAAGGAUGGGACAACCUUGGCCAGAAUUCCAAAAACAUUACUGUCUCAUUACUUCAAGCCCAUACGGUGAUGCCGACAAAGCUGGGUAUGAGGAAGCCAACCGAGUCCUUCUUUCCAUCAGUAAAAUUGUUCGAUGACCUGCCCACAAUCGAGGGAUGUUCGAGUUUGAAGGAGAAGUUCCUUGCAGCUAUUGGCGUGAGAAAGACGCUAGAUUUGGACACCAUUUUCAAGCGUCUACUAAAUCCCUCGCCAGGAGAAGGGACCAAUAGAUCCAAAUGGAGUCAUGUAGAGCUCAUCAAGUACUUGGCCUCCGUCCGCGCAGACAUUCCCAACGAUGAUCUGCGAAAGCUCAAGGACUCCCGCAUUUGUCCGGCGGAAGUAGCACCUCAUGGAUCCGACAUGUCCAAGGCCAGCGCGCAACUGUACAAGGUGUCAGAGCUCUUCGAACCCAAGGACGCACUGCGACCUCUUAAUGUGAGGAUAUUGCAGUGGCCGGGUGCAAAUGGGGGCUACCGACCGAGUUCCGUUGAAGGCAAGUUUCUAUGGACCCUCGGCUUGCGGCCACAUCCAUCGGUGCCUGAGCUGGUCCAGAUGAUGGCGUCAUCUGACCAGUCGCUGAGAGAAAACGCUAUGAAAUACUUCAUUGCCUCACAUGUCAGCAAUGGGUACAGUGCAUUUGACAUCGGCUCCAGUGCGCAGUCAUUCCUGCCUAUAGAAGGUAACCCAAAGCAGCUUGUAUCGCCCACCGGGUGCUACACCAACGCCGCAGCGUCUAUUCUUGGGUUCAGCAUCCUGAAGAAGGACCUUCAUGCUCACGCACAAAAAUUCGGCGUGAGAGAAAAUCCUCCCAUCAUGGAAUGCGUCGCCCGUCUAGUGAAUUCUCCACCCCAGACGCACGAAGCUGCUCUACCCAUAUUCCAGUACUUCGCAUCGCGGCAGAAUGAUCUUCCCGGGAGCCCGCUUGCCAAACUCAGAGAAGCGCCUAUAGUGCCCGUGAAGCGGCGGAGGUUGCCUUCGGUUUCGUCGCCACCAGAAAAGGGCAAUGGUAGUGGCAAUAGCAUAGUGACCCACAUCAGCCCCAGGAACUGCUUCCUAGGCUCGUCAUCCACGUAUGGAGACAUCUUCGACUUUGUGGAUUUUGGCUCCCAAGCCAACGCGUUCCUCUACAGCUGUGGGGCCAAGACGGAACCGACCAAGUUGGAGAUUGCGCAGCUAGCAGCAAGCGAGCCAGCCCGUUUGCUCAGCGUGUUUCAAAGCACGGAGAAGUAUCUAAACCUUUUGCGAUCUUUGGCCGAUAACUACCAAGACCUUAAGCGGGACAAGGAGCUCUGGAAGAAGAUGAAAGUCUCUCCAUUUCUGCUCGCUUUCAAGGAAAUCAGCACGCCCAAGGCGGAGAAAUUGGUUGACAUUGAAGAAGACGAGGCCCCCAUCAGGCACUAUCAACUGGCGGCACCGAGUCAAAUCAUCAUCAUCGACGAUUACAUUGGUUACCGCUUGUUCAAGGACAAUCUGAUUUGUGCGCCAGAAGAAGAUUCGCUAGAAUAUUUCUACCAGGCCCUUGGCGCUCAGACACUGGGUAGCCUUGUGACAGAAGACUUGAAGAUUGGCCCAAGCAAUGAGAAGCAGGACGGAGCUUUGUGGCUGCAUAAACACAUUCUUGAGCGGUCCAAGAUUUUUAUCCACGAGUAUUCGAAACACACUCACGGGUCCAUCAAGCAUGAUGCGAAGUGGCUCGAGCAGAAUCUCACCAUUCAGAUUGUUCGCUCCGUGGCGCUUCGUCGGACGCUGCGUGGACGUGGCCAGUCGCACACGGAGGAGCGAUCUGCUGCGAGUAGACAAGCAGCCAGUGGUCAGGGAUGGACUCUGUUCGUGGCCUCUAAGUCGUCGCGUCCGGAUAUGUAUCAAGUUGGUCAGGCCAUCUGUCAACUCAUUCUGAACCGGCCUUCUCAACAGGCCUACACCUUCUUUGAGCCUUUCUUGAAGCUGGAUCUCAGAGAUUUACAAUCAAGAGGAUACAAUGUUGAUCGUAUUUUGAGAGCCAAGGCUGCAGAAGCGAGGAUUGCAGAGGAAGAAAGACGCAGAGCCUUGGAGGCGGAGCAAGAGAGUAUCAAAGAGCGUGAAGAGCAGUUCAGACAGCAGAAUCAAGCUGCCGCGGCUGCUGCUAGAGAACAAAAUAGGACGCCCCCACCACGCAUGCCGGGUGGGUUCGGUUCGCCCGACUCCCCUCCCGAGCAGCCAGCCCCGGCCCCAAUUCCGGGUAGGAGACCCAAGAGCAUUUUCUCCAGCCUCUCGAAGCGGUUCGGCUUCGAUGACCCCGGCGACAAAGAGGAACAUUUGCAGAGCUUCCUGGAUCCGCCGAAAGAAGCCUCCGAGUCGUCCAAGAGUGCGGCCCAGCUUCCCGAGGGCUCUAGGACGACCAAGAAUGAAGGUGAUUCUGGCAAGGUCACCAAUCCUGCCACCAUUCAACAAAACUUGCUCAAUGCCGUCAAGUCGGUUCGAGCCCACGACUCAUCGACCCUCUUCGCGCCGCCGACCACGACAGACGUGAAAGAACAGGCCACCUACUGUGACAGCACCCCUUUCCAAAACCUUACUCUCGCAGCUGAGUCGUCCAAUGGGACACGCGUCUUUACGACUAAAACGCUCUCUAUGGAUCUUACACAGUUCCUGACGUCGAAUCACAGUCAUAUCAACACAUUCGCCGGACUCCUCCGGGAAGUGGGCGAUGUGUACGCCAUCCGGUCCUCGGCCAUGCACAUCUUCUACGACGAGGCGGGCGGCACCAUCGCCUUCAACAGCAACGGGAGUAUAUUUUGCAACCUGCGUUACUUUGUGCAGCUUCACGCCGCCAACAUCGCCAAGAGUGGCCAGCAGAGGGCCGAGGCGACUGUGUGGUGGUGGGUUGUUGUGGCCCACGAAUUGGCACACAACAUCAUCUCGCUGCAUAACGCCGACCAUAGCUAUUACACUGAGAGCUUUAUCCAGCAGUACUUCCCCAAGAUGAUGCUGAAGGCGAGCGAGAUGGCAUUGGCGGCGAAGCCGUUGCUGCCUUCUAGGGGUGCGAAUGGAAGUGUAGGUGGAGGUGCAGGCGGGAAUGGGGGUGCGCCACCUCCUUAUGUAGCAUAA